AUGGUCGCGUCAAAUCCCGCGGCCCCCGUGGCCCUCUCUUUUGGAGCCAUCGACGACCUCAUCUACUCCGCGCGCCUGGGCGACGUCGACGCUCUGAAGGAAGACAUUGCAAAACUGAGUACAGAGAACCAGGUCCCGGCCUCGUCAAUAAUCAGAUCUGCCAUUGACACCGAAGACGAAAGCGAAGGCGGCACGGGGGCCUGUUUACUGCACUGGCCUGCUGCGAAUGGCAAUGUUGAACUCCUAAAAUAUAUCCUCCAAACCCUGACCUCGGAAGUCUCACCGUCGUCUCAAGAGUAUACCGCAUUCCUCAACUCGCGAAACUACACUGGCAACACGCCCCUGCACUGGGCCGCGCUAAACACACAUCUCGAUUGCGUCAAAGCCCUCGUCGAAGCCGGCGCUGAUAUCAGUCUCAAAAACGACGCGGGCCACGAUGCUCUCUUCCUCGCCGAGCGAGCGGAUUGGUCGGCGGCUGAUGAUGAUGAUGACGAUGACGAUAAUGAAGAACAAGAUACCGAAAUGGAAAUAGAGAUCAAAGAAGAUGGUCAGAAUAAGCAAGAAAAUGGAGAUGAACAAGAAAAGCCUGCGCCGCCGCCGACAAAAGCACGGCUGGUUGUCGAGUGGUUGUUGGGAUGCGACAAGGGGGCUGGGUUUGAGAACCCUUCAGCUGGCUCUGGUACAAGUAACUAG